UUUCCUAUAGCCCUUAGUUUAAAGUCGAAACCUACCCAUGCGCAUGGGCUUGACAGCAGCUCUGGCGGAUCUAGCAAGAACGUUCAUGAUGGAAUUUGUACACAAGAAGAUUCGAGGUUUGGACGUCUGGCAGACAAACAACACGAGCAGAAAUGAUGACGUCGACAACAUUUUCGGGUAAGGGGGCCCUCGCGCUAAGCCUCCAAAUUUUUUAACAUUGCCAGUCUCAGAGAAAACAAAGGCCCUUACUUUCCUUCAUCAAUGAGUUACCUUAGUCGUGCCAUCGGAAAGGCUUCCUUCGGUAGCCUUCGCGUCCAACGCGCCAACGCCAACUUCCUCGCCAAGGCCGUCGCUAAGCCUUUUGCUGUUCAAGUCGGUUCCAAGGCUCGCAACUAUGCCACUGAGUCCCACUCCACUGGUGAGAUUCGUUCCGUUAUUGGUGCCGUUGUCGAUGUUCAGUUCGAACAGGACACUCUCCCUGCUAUCUUGAACGCUCUUGAAGUCCAAGACAGCGCUGGUGGUCGUCUUGUCCUCGAAGUUGCUCAGCAUCUUGGUGAGAACACUGUCCGUACCAUUGCUAUGGACGGUACUGAGGGUAAGU